AUGCCUACCCGUUUGUCGAAGACCCGCAAGCAUCGCGGCCACGUUUCCGCCGGUAAGGGCCGUAUCGGCAAGCACCGCAAGCACCCCGGUGGUCGUGGUCUUGCCGGUGGUCAGCACCACCACCGUACCAACAUGGACAAGUACCACCCCGGUUACUUCGGUAAGGUUGGUAUGCGAUACUUCCACAAGCAGCAGAACCACUUCUGGAAGCCCGUCAUCAACCUCGACAAGCUGUGGUCCCUCGUCCCCACCGAGACCCGUGACGCCUACGUCUCUGGCGAGAAGAAGGACACCGUCCCCGUCCUCGACCUCCUCCCCCUCGGCUACUCCAAGGUCCUCGGCAAGGGCCGCCUCCCCGAAAUCCCCCUGGUCGUCCGCGCGCGGUGGGUGAGCCGUCUGGCUGAGAAGAAGAUCACCGAGGCCGGCGGUGUUGUUGAGCUUGUGGCAUAG